AUGCCUCCAGUGCAUUUUCAGCAUUCGGGCUGUAGGGGGCAGCACGGGCCCCCUAGCCUACCCUUCCUUUUCAUCCCUCUGUUCCUCUCCUCUUUCAUCGCAGGCCCAGCUCUGGGCGCCAUCCACAUCCCGGAUAAAUUGCUUCAGCCUCCUGUGAUAACAGCCAAGCCAGUGUCAUAUACAGCAUUCUCUCUGGAUGAUGUCUUUCUGCCCUGCGAAGCUACUGGAGAUCCCACACCCAGUUUUCGCUGGGAGAAGGAUGGAAUUCUGUUUGGAAAAGAAGAGAUGGUUGAAACUGGGACGAUCACAGCAGACGGAUCACCACCACUGGAAGACUAUCAGGGACAGUAUCGCUGCUACGCUUCAAAUGAACUAGGAACAGCCAUGUCUGACAUAAUUCACCUUAUCACAGAGCCAACACCAACCCUCCCCAAAGGGAAGAGGCAGAGAAAGACAAAAAAGGAAGGAGACAGUAUUGUCCUCCACUGUGACCCCCCAAAGAGCUCUGUACCCCCACACAUACACUGGAUGGACAGCCAACUUCUGCAUAUUGCUCAGAGUGAUCGGGUGACCACCGGUCUGGAUGGAAAUCUAUACUUUGCCAACCUGUUACCCAGUGACAGUAGAGAUGACUACACCUGUAAUGCCCAGUAUAUUAGUGCCAGGACCAUCCUUCCAAAGGAGCCUAUUUCUCUGAAUGUUGAGACCACUAACUCUGUGGUCAGGAACAAAAGGCCUCACUUGCUCAGACCCACAGGCACCCACAGCUCCUACCUUGCUCUCCGAGGCCAGAACCUGACACUGGAGUGCAUCCCAAGUGGCCUUCCCACUCCAACAGUGAUGUGGAGGCGGAAGGACUCAUCGCUGCCUAUAGAUCGUAUCACCAUGGUGAACUUUCAUCGCCGGCUCACCAUUGGUCCUAUUGCAGAGGAGGAUGAUGGCGAGUAUGAGUGUGUUGCCAACAACUCACAGGGCAGUGUAACACACACCUACACCAUCACUGUGGAAGCGGCUCCAUACUGGAGUAAAGAGCCUAAGAGCCAACUGUAUGCCCCAGGGGAGACAGUAAAGCUGGACUGUCAGGCAGAGGGCAUCCCCAAACCUUCAGUCACCUGGAGUAUGAAUGGACAGCCCAUCUCAGACAUUGAUGUGGAGCGACGCAGGACAAUUAGCGAUGGUACUCUGAUCCUCAGAGACGCCAAGUAUGGUGACACAGCUGUCUACCAGUGUCAGGCCAGCAAUAAACAUGGAACCAUCCUGGUCAACACCUACAUACAUGUCAUUGAGCUACCUCCGCAGAUCUUGACAGAGGAUGGUCGGCCAUAUCGGGUUAUUGAAGGGAAAGAGGCUCUGAUGGAGUGCAGCACCUUUGGUUCUCCCACACCCAAAGUCAAAUGGGUGAGCUCAAAAAUGGAGCAUGUGCUGUCUGACCCCAGAAUUUCCCAGAUGGUCAGUGGAUCUUUGCAUGUCAUCAACGUUACCCGUGAAGACAGCGCUCUCUACACCUGCUCUGUUCUCAAUAGCAACCUCAGCAUCGAAGCCGUGCUCACAGUGUUGAACAAAACAGUGAUUGUAAGCCCUCCACAGACCAUAGCUGUUCGUCCCGGUACGGAGGCCAUUUUAAACUGCGUGGCAGUAGUGGACCCGGAGAUCAAAACGCCAAUGAUUCAAUGGAAGAUAAAUGACCACAAGAUCAUGCCUUCUGCACAUGAUGACAAGUACACUGUUGAUGAUGACGGCUCACUGAAAAUCACAAACAUCAACUACAAAGAUGAAGGCAGAUAUAUGUGUGAAGUCAUGACAGAGCUGGACAUGGCUACACUCAUCAGCACUGUUACUGUAAUAGACAAACCAGACCCUCCUCACUCUUUGCAGCUGUUAGAACCAGGACGUCGCAGUGUUACCCUCAGCUGGACUCCUGGGAAUGACCACAACAGUCCUGUAUCUGUGUAUGUCAUUGAAAUGAGAGAGGAGCAGCAUUCAGACAAGCCAACAUGGGAGGAUUUUGAGCGUGUGUCUGAAGACGUCAAUCAGGUCGAAGUCCAACUGCAUCCCUACUGCAUGUAUCGCUUCAGAGUGUCAGCCAUCAACAGCAUCGGGAGAAGUGACCCCAGUUUACCAUCUGAAUCAUACAGCACACCUGCCGCUGCUCCUGAUCAAAAUCCUGAAGAUGUACAGAGUAACUCCACAGAUCCAGACAGCAUGAUCAUCACAUGGAAGGAGCUGGAAAGACACCAAUUUAAUGGGCCAGGCUUUAAAUAUAGAGUGUCCUGGAGACAGGCAGCGGGAAAAGGGCCUCGCUGGGAUGAAGCUUAUGUCUCCCAUCCACCUUUCAUUGUCAACAACACUGACACCUACACACCCUUUGAGAUCAAAGUACAGGCUGUCAAUGAAAUUGGCGAUGCUCCUAUCCCUUCGCCCAAGAUUGGACACUCUGGAGAGGACUUUCCUGUGGACGCUCCCUCUGGUGUUCAGGUCACCAUGUUUAAUAAAACAUCUACAGCAGUGAUAGUGAGGUGGGAACCAGUCAGCCCUGAAUCUGUGCGUGGAGCUCUGCGUGGAUAUAAAAUCCACCUGAGAAAGAAAGGUCCUCGAGGACACAAGAACCAGAGAAAGAGGGCUCUCCGAAAGAUGGAAAAUGAGGAGGAAAAAAGAGUGGUGACAGUAAACAACAGCCAGAAGACUGAGGAGGUUGUGACUGGUCUCGAUUACUACUCCAACUAUGAGCUGUCAGUCACUGCCUUCAACAAAAAGGGGGAGGGACCUCAUUCUAAAACUCAGAAUUUUAGCACUCCUGAAGGAGCCCCGGGCCCACCUAUCUUUCUUGGGUAUGACAGUCCAUCAGACACUGAAUUAAUUCUUCGCUGGCAAUCUCCAAAAAACCCUAAUGGUGUUUUGACAGGCUACCUUCUCCGCUACCAAGAAAAGGGUGAACACAGUUCGGCGCAAGUGGAAACAAUCGAUGAUCCUACUAUUACCAGUUUUGAGCUAACGGAUCUGAAUCCACAGAGCACCUACCUAUUCUACCUGAUAGCUCGCACUAAUGCAGGGGAUGGAGAGCCAGUUGAGUGGGAAGGUGCUACCUUGCUGGAUGGAGAACCCCCUACUGCUAUCAACACAACCGUUGGCGAAACAUUUGUUAACCUCAGCUGGGUUCCAGGGGAGAGACUGCGUAAUCUUGGCUUCAAGAUUUCUUACAUCCGGAAGAGUGCUGAUGGAGAGUGGGAGGAGUCAGAGCAGGUAAACUCCACUCAGACAUUCUAUCAGCUGCAAGGCCUCCAGCCUGGAACUCAGUAUCACCUGAAGAUCUUGCACAGUAACCUUACCUACUGGGAAAAGGAGAUUCAGACCCAUGGACUGGUGGUAUCUGAGGUGAAGAACGGUUUUGCCACUCAAGGCUGGUUUAUUGGUCUCAUCAGUGCUGUUGUGCUGUUGUUGCUGGUACUGCUUAUUCUGUGCUUUAUAAAAAGAAGCAAGGGUGGCAAGUAUUCAGUGAAAGACAAAGAGGAAGGUCAAGUGGACUCAGAGGCCAGACCAAUGAAGGAUGAGGCUUUUGGAGAGUACAGGUUGGUAAAGAACACUGAUAAUGAUGAGAAGCGGUCCGUCAGUCAGCCAUCUAUCUGCGCGGACAGUAAGAUGGGCAGCGAUGACAGCCUAGCAGAUUAUGGUGAAGGGGUCGACAUCCAGUAUAACGAGGACGGCUCCUUCAUUGGUCAGUACAGCGGACGCAGGGACACCCACGGACAUGAAGGCCACGAGAGCUCAGGCGCCACCUCCCCUGUCAAUCACCUGCCCCCGACAAGUAUCAGCUUCACUAACUCUGUAAUGGGUAUACUGGACAGGGGAAAUUAG